AAAUAAAAGCUUUCAUAUGUCGUCCUGUCAGAAGGAGCUGUUACUAUCAGGACUGAAACAAACUUCUGUCAGGCGAUAUGAGAGAGGACACAGUCACAGCUGGACAUUUCUUCAUGGUUAGAUCUGGACUCCAUCUUUUGCAGGUUGACUGGAUGAAGGUUUAAAUCCAGAGGUGAGGUGUGACUGGAGAACACGCCCACAAAAUGGCCGUGCAGGAUUCCACGGUUGCUGUGUUUUUCUCCAGAUUUUUGUUUCUCCUGAAGACUUUUUCACUGCGGAUAACAACGAACGACCCGCUGAGACUGACAACCGACACACACCUCCAACAUGGAACAUUGUGACCUUCCCGUCCACCUGCGAGACCACGACUACGGCAGCCGCAGGAGAAGCUCUGCAGGCUGGGCACACGCUUCCUGGAGCAAGUGUCCAUGCUGCAGGAACGAGCAGGUGAAUUUAACCCCGGGGCCCCAGCACUCUGCUACUACAGCCAAACUUCCCCGGAAGAGGAAGCGGCGCUCCGCGUCCCGUCCUUCUACACCUUCUGCUCGUGGUCCAGGGAAGAGGAGUUUGGUCCCAGCGCCUCCAUCCACCAUCCCACCUGCUGACCUGCCCGUGGCGCCCAACGUGCCCCCCGGCCCGCCUGCCAACCAGCCGAGCUCCACUGAUGUGAACCGCGCCGGUCCAGUCAAGAUACACAACUGCUCAGUGGAAGAUUACCAGAGAGUCUAUCAUGAAGUGGUCGACGACCUGCUGAGGUACCAGAGCGGCCGGGUUCGUCCGUACAGUUUACAGCUGGGACGACGUAUCAAGUGGAAGCUGUGGGAGAGACUGGACCGGCCCGCCAUGACAUCAUCAACCCAUCAAGAUGGACUCACACACGUGGACGUCUCGUACAGGGCUAGACUCUCUCCUCCCCUCUAUGAUUUAGACACUCUGGGAGAACCGAGCCCUGGACAGCCUCCACUUAAAGGAGCCAAGAAGUCCGACUGACCUGAGAGCAGCGGCUUCACUCCAACACUCUGUAAUAACAGUUCAAUGAGAUCAAAUCCAGCCUGUAAAUAUUGGAGACCUCAACACAACUGGCUUCAUUUACAUCAGUCCAUGCAGCCUCCGUCAGUAAUCAAGCCUCCACCUCAAACACCAUCUACGCCUGACACCGGACAAGACCCAACCUCUGAGAGCCACCUGGAGUAAGAGGCUCCAUCCUUCACCUACAAGUCUCCUCCAGUCACUUUUAAAUCUAAACUGUGCCUUCUUACCACGUCAGCCAUCUGCUGCUCUAGCCUCCACCUGCAGACAGCAGACAGCUGCAAAGACAUACUCCACCCAAAUCUUCAGCCAAGAACGUCUUCCGCCAGCUCCGCCUGUAAAUUCUUGUUGUCAGCUUCAACCUCAUUCAUCCAAUUGCAGCUGCUUCCAACUCCUGCCUCCAUCUACUCCAUCUGCCAGAAACCUGCAGCCACCAGCUCCACCUGCAGAUUCUAGCAGAGAAUUGCAACAAGUCCACCUACAUCCUCUGCCAGCAACCUGUUGUUUUCUCCACCAACAGAUUCUGGAUGAACAUUGAGGCUUCUACCUCCACCGCCACCCUUGGCUGAAAAUCAGAACCUCUGCCUCCACCAGUAGAUGUGUGCUGAGAAACACAAGCCUCCACCUAAAACCUCUGUCAGGAACCUGCAGCCACCAGCUCCACCUGCAGAGUCUAACAGAAAAAUGCCACUUCACUGUCAACUGACAGAAACAUCCACCUCUUCCAGGAACCAGCUGCCACCUCCAGCUGCAGAUUCUGAUUCUGGAAGAACACUGAAGCCUCCAUCUCCAACAAUUCUGCCUCCAUCAGUAGAUUUGUGAAGACAGACAUAAGCCUCCACGGAAAGUCUCUGCCAGAAACCUGCAGCCACCAGCUCCACCUGCAGAUUCUAGCAGACAAUUUCAACAAGUCCACCCACAGCCUCUUCCAGCAACAUCCACUGCAACCUCCACCUGUGGAUUCUGGCAGAUCGCUGCAACCCAUGUCCUCCGACUAAAGUCUAACCUGAAUCUGCUUCUAGAGGCUUCCACCUCUGACUCCACCUCAAGUAUCUUCCAUCUUUCUGCCUGCAGUCUCUGCCAGUAACCUGUUGUUUCCUCCACCUACAGAUGCUGGAAGACUAGUAAGACCUCUAUCUCCACCUCCAUCCUUGACUGAUAUACCAAUACUGCUGCCUCCAUCACUCAGUAGAUCUGUGCUGACAAACACAAGCCUCCACCUAAAGCCUCUGCCAGGAAGCUGCAGCUGCUUCCUCCACCUGCAGAUUCUGAUUUUGGAAGACCACUGAAGCCUCCACCUCCACCUCCAACAUCCAUCCUCAGCUGAAAAACAACCACAAUACCUUCAUCAGAUUUGGGCAGACAGACACACGCCACCACCUAAAUUCUCUGCCAGUAACCUGCAGCCACCACCUCCACCUGCAGAUUCUUGCAGAUAGUUGAAGCCCAAACCUCCAUCUCAGUCCUCUGCAGCCUGAACCUCCACCUGCAGCCUCUGCCACAAACCUGAAGCCACUGCUUCAUCCUGCUUAUUCUGGCAUGGAGCUGCAGAAUAAUCCUCCACCUACAGCUUCUCCCAGCAACCUGCAGUCCCCUCCACCUGCAGAUGAUUACCAACAGCUACAGCCCCGACCAGAAACAUCCACUGCCAGAACACAUCCAACAAACAUCAGCUGGUGGAUCCAUGCUGUUCCUAAAGGCAUCAUCAGACUGGAUCAGCUGUCCAUCAUGGAGAAGUCCAAGCUGUGUCACCUUCAUGGCAUUGUCCUCCAAAGAGCUGCUAGAAAUCAUCAAUACACUGAGGAAAUUAUAUCCAGUUUCUUCACUUGAACCACAGCAGUGAAUCAUCACCUCUCUCCACCUGGUUCCUCUCGAUCGAAACUCAAGAUCAACCAGAGCCCAACAAGGUCCUGACCCGAGACCUCUCUGCUGCUGGAAAGAGACAACAGAACUCCUUUCAGAGGGCCAAUAAAAUAUCAGCCUACAUUAU